GUCUGUUUACCCCAGUAGACCCUAGUAUGUAUGGACAGCCCUGGUAACCAUAACAACAGUUGAGAUUCCUGGAUGGGGUUCUACGGCCUGCGACUGUGAAUGUACCUACUGACUGCUGCUGCUGCAUACGUUGUCUGUGACGCCGCAUCCACCCUCAGUGUUGUCAGUCUUGUAGUGAUGUGUCUCUAGCGCCGUGUCUCUAAUACUGCAUCUGUGAGGCCUGUUGAACGAGGGGCACCUGCGUAUCCAACACGACCAACAGAGGCGAACAUGGCUUCUGUAACAAUGGUUGGGGAUGUUCCCCUUGAGGCUGUUGCCUUCCUCGGAGCAGUAGGGGCGUUCCUCGUGCUCCUCGUCAUCUUCUUCCUCUACCUUAACAAGUCGCUUUGCUUCUCCGAGUGUGGCGGAUUUCCAUGCAUUGACAAAUUACCAAAGAAAGAAAAGACUUUCAACAAGCUGGAUAACCGAGAAAUGCCGACAACGCUCGGGGUGACAGACAAGGACAAAGCUCAGCUUCCAGGAACAUCCUACCAGUACGAUGACGACUCCUCCAGUGACAGCGAUGAUGAGGUGCUAAAGCGUUAUCAGGACACUCUCGCCACACACAGAGGCAGCAUCCGCAGCAGCGUCCGGAGUGGGAAGAGUGCACGCAGCAGGAAGAGUCACAAGAGUAAGGCCGAUGUAGCAACAGACAAACAAACAGAGGAGGCAGCAUCCCUGGCAGAGAAAGGUCAAGCAACAGAUGAUGUUAGCCCUCCUGGGAGUGAGGAUGAAGAGGACAACAGUCAGCAUGGCGCUGCAGUGGACCUGUCCCCAGAGCAACAGCCAUCCGUUAAAUCCACCUCGGGACCGGAUCUAGAUGACCAGCACACGUACGAAAACAAAGCCUUUCUGACAGAACAGUCUGCCUCCCUGUCCGGCAGCGAGCAAGCCUUGUCAGCUACGGACAGGACCAUGUCGAAUGAUGAACACCUGUUUGAUGUCAGUGACCUGCAAGGGGAUCCCCCCCUGAUCUCCAAAUGUGGAAGUCUGGAGGUCAGCUUCAAGUAUGAAGCCAAGCGUGGUAAGAUGAGCGUGACCAUCCACCAGGCCCGUGAGAUCCCAGCCAAGGACCGCGGUGGUGCUAGCAAUGUCCAAGUUCGCAUGAUGCUACUACCUACCAAGAAACAGAAGUUCAAGACCAAAGUGAAAACAGGAGAAAAUCCCACCUUUGAUGAAAACUUCUCAUUCAGCAAAAUCUUUCCAGAUGAUGUCCAUGGAAUGGGCAUCCGAGUGAGACUGUACGGACUGGAACUUAUGCGACGUGAGCGGAUGAUUGGAGAAAGCAUCGUGGGCUUUGCAUCUCUGAACCUGGAUGAGGAGACCACUCACUGGAUGGUGCUGGAGCCCAGGAGCAACCUCAGUGGCAAGGGAGGUUUUCAUGGGGACUCUGGUUUUGAUGUGUCCAGCUUGUCGAGGAGCGACAGUGCUUCCUCCACACAGUCUCUACAACACGGCGGAAUGCCCGAGCUGCUCAUUGGGCUGGCGUACAAUGGCACGACUGGUCGGCUCUCCGUGGAGGUCAUCAAGGGAAGUAACUUCCGCAACAUGGCCAUGAACAGGGCUCCAGACACAUACGUGAAGUUGACGUUGAUGUCACCGACGGGGCAGGAGCUGCAGCGGUGCAAGACCUCGGUGAGGCGUGGUCAGCCAAAUCCACUGUUCAAGGAGACGUUCAUGUUCCAGGUGGCUCUGUUCCAGCUCCCAGAAGUGACACUUAUGGUGUCUGUCUACAACAAGAAGAGCAUGAAGAAGAAAGAAAUGAUUGGAUGGUUCUCAUUAGGCAUGAACUGCAGCGGGGAAGAAGAGGGUUCUCACUGGUCCGACAUGAGGGAGAGUAAAGGAGAGCAAGUGUGUCGAUGGCACGUGUUAUUGGAGUCAUAGCCAGGCAGCGUACAGCACCACCUACAGACACCAGCUUGGAUGGACACGCCCACGGACAGCACUCACCACUCAUACCAUACAUUGCCUCAAGAGUACAAUUUGCAAAUAGUACAAUACACAUUAGGCCUUAUGUAUUGUUUUAGUUGGUUUACGAUUUCAGCUGACAAAAAUCUGAAAUUGAAAUUGAAAUAGAAUAAUUUUUGACAAAUCAUAUUUGGACCAACUUUUUUAUGAUAGCGUGAAAUUGAAAAAAAUACAGACUUUAUUAUAUCAUGUUCGGAAGAAAUGGUACGUAACACAUAUAA